GUCAUUUUUUCAGUAAAUUCCGUCAUAUUUCAUAGGGGGAGAAAACGAAAGUCAACUUGUAGCUCGCCCACGCUCAGAGUGUCUUCCUGGGGUUCAAUUGAUGCCAUCUAGGCAAAAUUCCUGCGGAACAAGCAAGAUUGAUUACGUGACUUUCUAAGGUGGCUAAAACGGCCCCUACGCACGGAAUCACCCGGACAGCUAUCGAUGCGUAACCUGGGCUGCUGCCGGUGUGAUCUCCGCAUAGCAGCGUAUCUGCGUAGCGGUCAAUUUUGUCAAGUACACCCCCGUGUGAGGGAGAGGAUUCUAAAAAAAAAGGGUGAAGUAGAAGACAUUAUACGUAGCUGAGUCGAAGGGUUACGUCCCUCUUCUGCAUCGUUGCCGCUGCUGGGACGUCCUCGCUGACAACGGGAUCCGGAGAACCUUGCCAGCGUCCCAUUGGAAUUCGCUGCAGCGCCGCCGCAACAAUGGACCAAUCGCUGCUGCUGGCCCUGCCGGACGACGCGCUGCUGGCCGUGCUGGCCUACCUGCCCCCGAGACAGCUCUUCAGCUGCCGCCUGCAGUGCCGCCGCCUCCGCGACCUGUGCCUGCACCCGGACGUGUGGCGGUGCGUUCGACUGGAUGCAGGGGACUUUCGUUUUCUGGGGCGCGCCGCCCUCCGCCUUGCGCCCUGCCUCCGCGAACUGGAUCUGGUCUUCGGCGUCAACGUGCAGGACGCGGUCACGGAGUUGUCUCGCACUACGUGUGUCAUCGCCAGGCUGGGGCUGGUGCUGACGGGCGACGAGGACGUGGUCAGAGCCGUGGCUGCGGUGCAGAGGCAGUCCAGCCUCGGUGGUUUAAGUGGGCUUCGCCUGCAGUUUAAUGGCCUAGGGGAACGUAAUGUCUAUCCACUGAGUGUGGCGGUGCGCACUUUAAACCACCUCUAUGAUUUAACCCUUCAGAAUUACUCUGGUGUCCCGCUGCUAGCUUCUUUGGGUGAGUUGGAGGGCAGCCCGUCCUUAAAGAAGCUCUCCUACACCUCGAACACGAAAGAUAGUUUAUUGGAAGCUACAUUGCAGACUCAUGCCGCUACCCUAGAGCAUGUGCAUCUCCUCACGGAUUACGUUCCAGUGUCUUUACUCAAGGCGUUACUCAAGCUGCGCUCUUUGACAAUCUCACGUUACUCAACGGAAGACCUAUCCGACUUGAAGGCCUUGCCCAACCUCACCUCACUUCAUUUCGUGGGAAACGUUAGCGCAAGUGCACUGAAACUGCUGCGCAGGGCGUCGCGGCUCCGGUCCGUGACGGUCCCUUUCUGCGGGCCGCACCCCGCUGACCCGCUGCUUGCCCUGGCCGCAUCGCCCUCUGCCCGUGUGCUUGAAACACUGUGUGUGCGCUCUGGUUCUCCAUCAGACAGCGCCCAGGUCUGUGGCCACAUGGCCGCCGCCCUGCCCCAGUUUCCGACCCUGCGAGCCCUCACCAUGGAAUCCCGCCCUGUCUGGAGCUGGAGGGAGGUAGACUUUGAGGAAUUCUUUGAGGCUGUGAGUCCAACGAUGGCCCCUCGCCUCACCAGGCUCGCGGUACGAGCUCCUUGCGGUGUGUGCCCCCACGCCUGGUUGCACGACUCAUCUGUGCAAGACCUCCUGCAGCGUAACCCCGGGCUCCACCUUCGCGUGCUGUUCCUUUGCUUCUGCCAGGAUUGCUCGUGGUGCUUAUCCGGCUGCCACUCGGACGUGACUGCCAGGGGCCACUGCCAGGUCACGCUCGGGGCGCACAACAGGGCGGCUGGCUGCCCUCCAGACUGCUACCGGUGGAAGUGCUGAUGCUGAGACGCCGGCAUUGCGAAGGUCCGAUGGCCGUCUUUUGGUUAAGAGUUCAUUACCUGAAGUUUCAGUUCAGCUCCUGUUCGCUUUGUCUUUGUUUUGCGUGUUUAUGAUGAUGGCAUGUCUCAUUACUUGUGUUGUAGUAAUUGACUCUUCUUUGUGAACUAUAUUUUUAUAUUUUCAGAGUUGGCUUAUUAAGUAGAGUCAACCUGUUCUUGUUGAAUUUUCGACUUUCAGAAGGUCCAAUUAUACUUUCUGUCCAUUCAUA